CUGCUUAGUGAUAGCGUAGAGACUGUAGUGUUCACAUCACACGCGACACGCCGAGAAUUUUUCGCAAGUUCGACGCGCGCCCAAAGUAUUAUCGUUCUAUUCCGCGACACGAUAAUUGGAUACGUUACAAAACGCACACACUUAACGUGUAUAUACAUAUUAUAUAGAAGAGCGCGAGCGCGCGACCAUCUCGACAAAACGCACACAUAUAUAAUACGUACGCACAGGACAACGCAGGAGACAGACCGUUCGAAGGACACGCGAACAGAGAGAUAAAGUACCAGCGAAAAGGAUACUUCUCUCGUAUAAAAAAGAUACUAUCUACCUUCGAAGGAACAACGACCAUAUACGCACAUUCCUAACGACUGUGACUAAUUUUUAGAAGGCGUUCUUUUUGCGAGGAUUUUUCUCGCCGAACCGCGCUCUCUGAUCGUUCUCUUUCCUUCUUUCGAGACGAAAGUUUAUUCGCGAGAAGAAUAUUUCGACGGAUAAUCCCGUGAAGGGGGACAACGAUCGGCAAGACACAGGACCUUUGACUCUCUGCCAGGGGUGACUACCCCCCGUCGACGCCAAGGACAACCGGAAGUGCUUCGAAGUACACGCUACAUACACAAGUAUAGCGUGUCCCGUGUAUAACACGCGUUCGUUUUCCGUCCAUCUUGCCUCGUCGAGGAAGUGUGCCGCCACCCACACCCUCUCUUGUUCCCCCCCCGUGAACUUCCGGUCUCGAAGAUCCUCCUACAGGACGUUGGGGAAGGAGAAACGUGGUGAAGAGGUGAAGUUCGAUUAUCGAGAGGUGAACACACGAGGUUCACCGCUCUCUGUCAGUUUCUCGCUCGCUGUCUCUCUCGCCGGGGCGUCGUCAUCGUUGUCGUCGUCGUCGUCGUCGUCAUGGGCGGAUGUACCUCUAAGGAUACCACGUCGAACGACGACAAGAAAAAUAGCAAUAUGGUUGACCAGGCAGUUUUGGACAAACUGGAAGCUGGCUUCUCCAAAGUGGCUGGCUCUGACAGCAAAUCUCUGCUGAAGAAGUAUCUGUCCAAAGAGGUCUUCGAUCAACUGAAGACAAAGAAGACUUCCUUUGGAUCCACCCUCCUUGAUGUGAUCCAGUCUGGUGUGGAGAAUCUGGACUCUGGUGUCGGUAUCUACGCGCCUGAUGCUGAUUCUUACACAGUUUUUGCUGACCUCUUCGAUCCCAUCAUUGAAGACUACCAUGGUGGCUUCAAGAAGACUGACAAGCAUCCACCAAAAGACUUUGGAGACGUCGAUAGCCUUGGCAACCUUGACCCAGCUGGUGAGUUCAUCGUCUCCACCCGUGUAAGAUGCGGCCGUUCUCUGGAAGGCUAUCCAUUCAACCCCUGCCUGACUGAAGCUCAGUACAAAGAAAUGGAAGAGAAAGUCUCUAGCACUCUGUCUGGCUUAGAGGGUGAACUCAAGGGAACUUUCUAUCCUCUAACUGGUAUGAGCAAAGAAGUUCAGCAGAAACUGAUCGACGACCACUUCCUGUUCAAGGAGGGUGAUCGCUUCUUGCAAGCUGCCAAUGCUUGCCGCUUCUGGCCCACUGGCCGUGGUAUCUACCACAACGAUGCCAAGACCUUCUUGGUCUGGUGCAACGAGGAAGAUCAUCUCCGUAUCAUUUCCAUGCAGAUGGGCGGUGAUCUUGGACAGGUCUACCGUCGUCUGGUGAGCGCCGUGAACGAGAUCGAAAAACGACUUCCUUUCUCCCACCACGACCGUCUUGGUUUCUUGACCUUCUGCCCUACCAACUUAGGUACUACUGUCCGUGCCUCUGUACACAUCAAACUGCCUAAAUUGGCCGCUAACAGGGAGAAGCUUGAAGAAAUUGCUGGAAAGUUCAAUCUCCAGGUCCGUGGUACUCGCGGAGAGCACACCGAGGCCGAGGGUGGUAUCUACGACAUUUCCAACAAACGACGUCUCGGUCUGACCGAGUAUCAGGCUGUGAAGGAGAUGCACGAUGGAAUCGCCGAGCUGAUCAAGCUCGAGAAAGAACUUUAAACAGCGCGCCAGAAAAAAGCAACCACGCGAUCAUUUCCCUCUUUUAUUCGCCCUUUAGACGUUCUUGAUACAUCGAGGAUCUCCUUUCCUUCGGAAAAC